AAGAAGAAUGUUGGUGGAAAAUUCAGUAGAAACUGCAACCAGAGAGGCGUGCAGGGAGUUAUAAAAUAUUGAAUUUUGUUUGGUUAGCAAAAAUUGGAAAAAGUUCAAUAUCCGAGCAAAACAAGACACAAUCUUUUGUUGAAUGAAAAUCAGUGAUGUUAGUCUAAAAAUCAUUUUAAAAAUUUGCGGUACAAAAAAAGCCUCGGAACAUGUUACAGACAUGUUUUGUGUUAACUUUCAUUAUUAGUCUGCAAUCUCAACACAAUAGAACUGCUCUGUCCAACACAAAUGCUCUUUCUCGUUCUUCCCAUUCUCGUUCCCGAGAGCAGCUACUUAAGUAAAAACGUCGGCUAUCGCGACAUUGCUAACCAAUCCUAAAAGGUAACCGUCGAGGUGUUUGUGAAAAAUAUUAAAAGCAUCCAUUUAAAAUCAUGGAACAUGCACAAGUGAAUGAUGGUAUUGGCAAAAAGACUCUCGGUAAAGAAUGGAAAUUACUCACCGAAGCUAUGAAAAUAUUUUAUGAUAAACAUGAACAGCUCGAGAAAUUUUGUCAAGAACAAUCGCAAUCUUUAUGUGAAAUGCGACGAAUUUUUUUGGAUUACGUUCAAGAUCAAUUAUGCAGUGUUGAAUCAGAAAAUCUCUCGGCUUUGGGUCAACCAAAUGAGAAACUCCGAUUAAAAUCAAAUGAAAAUAUUAAAAUAACAGUAAAUGUUAAUAAAAUAAAAAAAAAUUCAGAACACAUUACAUUAGAGUUACUUGAAUGGAGCCGGCAGUGUAUUAAAACAUCGAAUUCAAGCACUUAAUGAUAAUUGGAAAUGUUUAGAAAACAUUCGAAAGUAGUUAGAAGUUUUCACCCAAAGAGAAAAAUCUGAGCUGGGACAACAACUUUAUUCUCUUGAGAAGAAGAUAUUCGCCGCCGAACAAGAGUUGCUUACAUA